GCCGCGGCCCUUCAACCUUCCAUUGUUGGGACCUUCAAAACCGAGAGUGAUCUUUCCUGGAUUGGAGUAAGUUUCAUGUUGGGAGAUACCGCUAUUUUGCCACUUGGAAAGGCUUUCGGCAGAUUCAACAUAAAAUGGCUAUUUCUCUGGUGCCUGUUGAUUUUUGAAAUCGGGAGUGCGGUCUGUGCUGCGGCGCCAACAAUGAACGCGCUUAUUGUUGGUCGCGUUAUUGCCGGCGUUGGAGGAUGCGGCGUCUACGUGGGCGGAAUUACUUUCGUUGCAUUGCUUACGACAGAUCACGAGCUUCCACUCUAUCUGGCUGGAAUCUAUUGUGUCUGGGGUAUCGGUUGCGUUCUUGGUCCUAUCAUUGGAGGCGCCUUUGCUCAGAGCAGUGCCACCUGGCGCUGGGGCUUCUACAUCAAUCUCCCCAUCGCUGCACUGUUCGCACCCGCCUAUUUUCUCUGCCUACCGGUCAUCAGGCCACAGCCGAACAAGCCCUUCUUAGAGAGACUCCGUUCAUUAGAUUGGAUUGCUACUAUCGUGUUCCUCACUGGGGCCACCUGUCUGAUCACUAUUGAUUCGGAUACCUCUCCAGCACAUAUCUAUGGAUACACCUUUCUUAUUGGUGUUGGAGUCGGCUGCUUCCAGAGCGCCGGUGUUGCUUUCGCGUCAGCAAUUGCUUCACCGAUUGAAGUGAAUAAUGCUGUGAGUCUCAUGACUAUUGGUAAGUGGCAUAUCCUGUUCGAGCAUAGCCUUCCUUUAAUUAAUGGUUUCGGGUAA